AUGGUGAUGAAGGUGGCGGCAGCGGUAGUCGCAGCGGCGGCAGCUACGGCUGCGGCUGCGGCAACGGCAACGGCAACAGUGGUGGUGGUGGUGGCAGCGGCGAUGGCAGAGUGUAUUGGAGCUUUGUAUACUGUCAAUUCUGUUGUUGGACGAUCAGCAAAGCCAGCAAUUGAAGCUGCAGUUGAUGAUGUCAAUUCUGAUUCAACUGUUCUUGCUGGGAUGAAAUUGAAUCUUAUUUUGCAUGACACGAAUUGCAGCGUCUUCCUUGGAAUUGUGGAAGCUUUGCAGUUGAUGGAGAAUGAUGUGGUUGCGGUAAUUGGCCCUCAAUCCUCUGGAAUAGUACAUGUUAUUUCUCAUGUUGUCAAUGAACUUCGUGUGCCGCUCAUGUCAUUUGCGGCAACAGACCCAAUGCUUUCGGCAUUGCAGUUCCCUUACUUCCUCCGCACUACACACAAUGACUAUUUCCAGAUAAGAAAUGGGAUUUCUGUAUUAGGUGAUGCCCUUGCAAAGAAGCAUGCCAAGAUUUCUUACAAGGCUGCCUUUACUCCUGGAACCUUUAUAAAUGACAUCAAUGACUUGUUAGUUAGAGUAAACAUGAUGGAAUCUCGGGUUUAUGUUGUUCAUGUUAAUACAGACUCUGGCUUGACAAUUUUUUCUGUAGCAAAGUUGCUUCAGAUGUUGACCGCCGGCUACAUUUGGAUUGCUACAGAUUGGCUUCCUUCUGUGUUAGAUUCGUCAGAAUCAAUUGAUCCUAACACAAUGAAUCUCUUACAAGGGAUUAUUGCACUUCACCAUCACACCCCAGAUUUUGAUCUCAAAAAGAGUUUUACAUCUAGGUGGAAAAACUUCACAUAUAGGGAGACCUCGAGCUUCAAUUCUUAUGCACUCUAUGCUUAG